GUCAGCGCACGUCACAUACACUAUUGCAAUAACCUAACGGUUGUCAUACWCGRAAAACACAAUCGCUACAAGUCAAUGUCAUUCGAAUAGUGCUGGGUUUCUUGGUGUCACGAAACUAAUUUUAUUAAAAUAUACUAUCUCGAAUGCCGCACAACGUUCGGUGAUCGUUCGUUCCUAAUCAUAGACGACCAUGAACCUGGUAACGUCGUCUCCCACGUCACUGCUGCUUCAGUUUUUGCUGUUGUUUGCAACGAGAGGAGCCCUAUGUUGGCCUUGGCCAUCGUUGGGUGAUGGCCCAUCCAGAGCSGUUGGCAGAGUGUUGAAUUUCUUCCCGGUGCCGGUGACCGAAGAGUGCCUGUCCGACGAUUCGCGGAGAAMKGGUCUUUGCUUGAACACGUAUGAGUGCCGAAUACAAAACGGAGAGUCUCACGGCCCUUGCGCUUUGGGUUUUGGAGUGUGUUGCGUCUUCACGACGUCAUGCAACGCAGAAGUGGCCAACAACGUCACGUAUUUCGUUAACCCAAACUUCCCAGGGUUGUUGGAUGACGUAGGUGAAUGCUCACUACGUGUCAAGAAGAUAUCCAAAGACAUAAGCCAGAUUCGAUUGGACUUUGUGAACUUCAACUUAGCACAGCCCAACAGGAAAACGGGAGUGUGCGAGACGGACACGUUUGCCGUCACCGGUGGAGCGUCCAAUGACUUGAGGAUUUGCGGUCUCAACAGCGGCCAACAUGUAUAUUAUGAUAUGGAUGACACGAAAGAUUAUGUAACGAUCAAYAUUAGGCUGACUAAAAGCAACUAUAACCGGAUGUGGGAGAUUAAAAUCACACAGAUUGAGUUCGCUCAGCGUGCGCCAGCCGGAUGUCUUCAGUAUUUCCACGAAGUCGCGGGCACAGUGCAGACUAUGAAUUUCGCGGUCAACGGCCGACAUCUGGCYGACCAAGACUAUGUGAUUUGCAUACGACAAGAACACGGUAUGUGUUCGAUCGCGUAUGAGCCAUGUGACGAAAACUCGUUUAAGAUCGGACCACCAAUACUUUCUGACACAGGGAUCGAGGGUUCGGGAGAUGAAGGUGGUGAUGUUCCAGGUGGGAGCCAGGUGAUUUCCAUGGACGUAUUCCGUGAGUGCAGCGACCGGGUUAUGAUGCCCUGUGAUUCUGAAGAAUUCAUAACGCCUCAGGGUGGUCCUGGAAUAUGUGAUUUGCUCCAUUGCGGAAACAAUUUCUGCACAGACAAAGAAACGCCAUGCCGGAUUGAAAGCAGCACCACGCCAUUCGUGAUGCGAGUGCAGUUUGGACCAGGAAAUAGAGAAGAAAACCCCGAAGACAACUUGGGAAUGUGUCUUAGAUACGAACAACAACAGUGUUCGUCGUAAAUUUGUUUUUGUUUUGUUUCGUACGACAUAAGGUGUCGUCGACCGUGUGACAAGAUCGAGAAGAUGAACACAUUUGACGACAUCGUGUGUGCCUCAUCGAAGUCAACAUCGCCAAAGAUUACACUACAAACUUAAUAUUGAUACUUACUAUUGUAUACUUACUUUUUAGACCCAAAUAUAUGUUAGAUAAUAUAUUAUA